ACAAAAGGGGCGCGGUCUCAAACGCAUACGCGCCAAAAACGUUUAUGUGUUGGAGACCACUCCCCUUUUGCGCCGCUUGCCAUACCCAAAUCUAUUUAAGCACCAAAACCUCGCACACGCGAAUCAUUACGGCACGAGCACUCGAGAAGGCCACUUCAGGACGGCACGGAGGAAACCACAGCAGCCGCUAGAGCAGAGGGGAGCAGAGACCAGCAGAGGAACGGCCAGCAGCAGGAGAGGAAUCCGUUCUCGGACCGGCAGAAAGCCAGCAACGGGAGGAAUUUCGUUUUCGGCCCCGCGUAGGAAGGCCAGCAGCAAUAGCCGAAAGAAGAAUCAUCAGCAGAAGGAGGAAAUCAAAAUCCGUUCUCUGGCCGGGGGAAGGCAUGCUGGCUGAUGCUGCAGUUGAGGAGCAAGAAUGAUAAAGACGGUGGAAGUCGCCAGUUCCCGACUCGUCGGUUUUAACAUUAAACGGCCCUUUUCAGGGCCACAAAAUUAUCACGAGAGAGUUAUUCUUGAAUCCAAAUUCAUUGCGUCAGCGAGAAACAUACUGCUAGAAGCCUUAAAAUUAAGUGUAAAUCUUGUUAAACCUAUUUUGCAAAUCCGAUCAUGAUUUUUGCUGCUUCACGCUGAUCGAUUGAAAUGAGCUUCCCAUCUUGGGAUGUAGCAUUCAAGUACCUAGUAGCACCAUUUUUGGCGCUUCAUAACCCUACUGAACUGCGGCUAGACAAGAUGUCCCAGCAUUUGCGGAAGGUGUACAAGGCGUCCUAUCGGAAGCGGAAGAGAGAGGAGAGAGAGGAGGAGAGGCAGUUGGCGGAUGAGCCUACCGCGGCGCCAGUGGACAACGCUGAACGCAAAAGGCGGUACAGGCGACGGAAGCGAGCUGCUGAAGGAGGUGGAGAGCGCGGGGAUGAGUUCCCGGAAGGUUCUGGGGCUGGACCGUCGGUGUCCAAUCCAGGAAAGCGGAGGCGGCAGGGGCGAGUGGGAGAUGCAACGGAAGGGUCGACUGCGUCUGGCAGCACUUCUGCUGAACGUAUGAGACGGUUGCGGGAGAGGAGGAGGACUGGACAGACAACGUUCGGUCGGAGCGAGCAAGGAGGUGCUACCGCGGAUGUUACUUUCGUUGCUGGAGGUGUGCGACGGGGUGGUAGACGAGGAAUCGCGGACAUUUCGGUUCCAAAUUUGGCAUCGGAGAAUCCCGAACAGGGGAUUUAUCCGCCCAUGGAGGCAGACACAAUAAGCCUCCAUGAUCCGGUGGUGCAGAUUGAUGAAGAAGAAAUGCCAUCAAAUUCUGCACCAAGUCAGUCGGAUAGCAUUUCAGAUGGGGCAAGCCAGGAGCCAGGUCCUCGCAAUGCAAGCAGACCGAACUACGACAGGGCCACUCUUGAGUUCCGUAAGCUUUUCGUUGAGAACUCGUUUGGUGCUGUGUGCAGCGUUUGCGACAGACUUUGGUUCAAGAACGACCUGAAGCCCAUCACUGAAGCUGGGGGAAAUGUACUGGUACAAGCCGGCGACUUUGAUUCAACCGAAGGUUUCAUGGUGUGCCAAACCUGCAACAGCAGCUUGAAUCGUGGAAAGGUCCCAACCCUGUCCAAAAGCAACGGAUUUGUUUACCCGCCGAUUCCACCGGGUCUUCCCAAACUGGAUAUGAUCAGCAAGCGGCUGAUUUCUCCCCGUUUCAUCUUUCUGGUGAUUCGUCGUCUGUGUCAUGCUUUGGGCAACUAUGGUAUCAUUGGGCAGGUGAUCAACGUGCCGGUAGACGUUGAGGAGAUGGUUCGGGUUCUUCCUCGCGAUCUUGAUAAUGACUGUGCGAUUAAUGUGAGCUUCAAGAAGCACACUGCACACAAAUCGAGCCAUUACUCGGGGUGGGUUUGCAAGGGGACUGUUUAUGCUUGGCUCAAGUAUCUCGUAACUACUCCGUUGUAUAAACGUGAGGGCAUUACUUUUGACGAAGAACGAUUGAAUGCGUUCGGAGCAGAUCCACAGGAGGGUCCCUCGCGGGCGGAAGAAGCCAUGCCACUGGAUAUCAUCGAUGAUGAAGCCGAGCUGUUGGCUAGCAUGCAACAAACUGCGAUGUGGAACGAAGACAUGUACCUGGAGCUUUGCCCUACCAUGAACCGAAUGCCCUCGAGUAUUUUGUACGAUGAGAAUGCUGAGGAGUUGAGCAAUCCCGACAUAUACUUUGGGGUCCCGACAACGAUCAAGCAAGGCGUACAAGCUACUGUGUUCAACAAGGCGAGCAGUGAAGCUAGGCGAGCUGACAGGCGGGGUGCUCGUCCAGAUCACAUUCUGGCCAUGGCCAUGAAGGUGUUAUACUGCCGUAUGAUUGAAGGGCUCAAAUGUCACUUCAAAUCUGUGGGAACAGAUAACGUCACACGUGCCCAGCUCAGCGAUCCAGAGUUCCAGAGGAAUAUGAUGGAGAUUGGCUUGGCUUUCUUCAAAGGGAUACCGAACUCUGUGCAGUACUGGCAAGGACGCAAACAGGACCUCUUCGCCAUGAUUCGACAGUUGGGUAAACCAACAAUGUUUCUCACCUUGAGCGCCAGUGAAACUCAAUGGGAAGAACUGUUGAAGGUGCUGCACAAAUUGUCCAGUGACUACGAUGACCUUGAAUUGGCCGACCCGCUGUCGGAGUUAAGCGCGUUUCAAAAGGCAAAGUUGGUCGUUGAAGAUCCUGUGACGUGUGUUGCAUACAUCGACAAGCUUGUUGACGUCAUAAUGCGCAUCUUGAAGUCCAAACGGUUCAGUCCAUUUGGUAAAUACUACGUUGUGGAUUACUUCAAGCGGAUCGAGUUUCAACAACGUGGUAGCGCGCAUGCCCACAUCAUGCUCUGGUGUGCAAACGAUCCUCGUGAGGACGUUUCCGAGGACAUGCCCGCCACCAUUGAAAUGAUCAACACUCUCUGCUCCAUCGAUGCCUUCCGUUGGUUGGGACCACUGCUUGGCAAGAAGCAAGAGCACGCUCACACACGUACAUGUUACAAACACAACGAUAAACGUUGUCGUUUCAACAUUCCGUACUGGCCGAUGAACGAGGAUCGGGUAUUGGUGCCCCUUCCGGCUGAUGACAGUCGUCGUUCUGCACUGAAGAAACGUGCUCUCGAGUUUCGUGAGAUUCUGGAAACGAAGACUUUCGAAACUCUCGAAGACUUUCUGGCCGAUUGUGAGUGUACCGAGGAAUACUACCUCGAAGUGAUUCGUGCAUGGCUACAGCGACCAGCGUUCUUCUUCAAGCGUCCGAUGAAUCAGCUCUACAUGAAUCCAUUCAACGUUUGGAUUGGCGGUGUACUUCGCUCCAACAGUGAUCUGCAGUUCAUCAUGGACGAGUACUCGUGCGCCUCUUAUUUGGUUGAUUACGUCAACAAGACAAAUCGAGGCAUCAGCGCGUUUCACCGAGAGCUUCUCGAGCUGCAGGAGCAGUAUCCCGACUACGACUAUCAAGGCUUGCUGAAGAAGUUGGGCGUGAGAGUACUCAACAGUGUUGAGAUGUGCUCACAGGAAGCAGCGUGGAUCUUGCUCCGGUUACCAAUGUCCGAAGCAAGCCGGAAAAUCGAAUUUGUGCCGACAAUGUGGCCAAAUGAGAGAACCCGAUGCCGGAAGCGACACCAGCAGAUGGACGACGAGGGACUCGACGACGACUCAACGGACGUAUGGACCAGAAACAUCGUCCAGAAGUAUGAGGACCGCGAUGGAUUGGAGGAUGUGUGCCUGGCUGAUUUCGUCGCAUGGUAUGCACCGAUGAAAAGCACCAAAAACAGCUACAAGCUGCGAGGCACUGCCAAAAUCCUGCGAUGGCGAGGAUACCCGAUGAGCGAAAUGGUCGAGUACAAGCGAGAGGCAGUGCUCCUGUUUUUGCCGUUCCGGAAUGAACGAGUCGACCUGCUGGACCAGAACAAAUUCCUCCAAUUGUACGAUUCGCAUGAGACAGAGCUCAUCGCGAAACGUAAGGAAUACGAUUGUGAGUUGAAUUUGGAGCAGACCGUUGAGGAAUACCUCCGAAUAAUCGCACAGGAAGGCGAUGGCGAGCAAGAGAGAGCCGCCACGGAGAAGCACAACGAGUACGUGAGGAGCAUCGACAUGCAGCCAAACAACGAUGACAUCGAAAACCUGCCGACUUCUGCACUGCGAGCGAUUGUGAAACAACGUUCGAAUGUCAUGCCAAAAGCUGACUACUGUGCCUGGAUGCGGCAGGCUAACGAGAAGCAGCGCAUGUUGAUCCUCCACAUCAUCCAUCGACUGACGAGCUUUGAUCCUGAAAUUCCAGCGAUGCAGAUCUUCCUGACUGGACCAGCGGGUAGUGGUAAAACGUUCACACUGCGUCUGAUGAUGGAAACCUAUAACCGGUACAGCCAAGGUCACAACUCUCGCAACAACGCGUAUAUUGCAUGUGCGUCGACAGGCAAAGCCGCCGUUAACAUUGACGGUGUUACGGUCCAUCGUGCCUACCGCAUUGCAAUAUCGCGCCAGAGUGACUCAAAGCUUAGCCCUGAAUGGCUGCAGACGUACCGAAAUGAAUUCCGGAACGUGAAGCUCCACAUUGUAGAUGAAGUUAGUAUGCUUAGCGCAGGUAACUUCAGAACAAUGCACAUACGUUUGCAGGAUAUUCAUUUGGAUUACCUUCACCCAUUCGCUGACCAGGACGUUACGUUUACCGGAGAUUUACAUCAGCUGAAUCCAGUCAAUGCUUUACCAAUCUAUAAGGCUCCGAGAAAUUCGAUUGGUGGAUCUUGGCUGUGGGAUUACAUCCGACUGUACGAGUUGGAUCAGGUCAUGCGUCAGACCGAUGUGGUGUUCUCCACCAUCCUCACCGCGAUUGGCGAAGGCAAGAAACUGACGGAUGAACAGAAGACGCUGAUCGAGAGUCGGUUCAAGUCAGUGGAGGACUGCCAACGGGAAGCUCCCAACGCCGUUUGGCUGUUCCAUCAAAACGUUGAUGUCGAUCGGUUCAACAGAGAAGCGUUGAGUGGGCUCGAGGGUCUGGACUGUCUUGCCGACGAUAUGAUCACAGGUCACAGCACAUCCGCUCAGGCAACCAGUGCACGAACGAAAUUACAUAAAAUGAGCACAGCCCAAACGAGUGGGCUGCCAUAUAUGGUUCGUUUUUGCAUUGGAAAGCCCUACAUGAUCACUACCAACAUCGAUGGCGAUGAUAAUCUGGUAAACGGAGCAAUCGGCGAGCUGAAGUAUGUGGAGAUGCGGGAAAACGACGCCGGCGAAGAAGUGAUCUACAGACUCUGGUUGCAAUUCGAUACGGAGAAAAUCGGAACCAUUGCAAGAUCUAAGGCGCAGGCAGUCGUUAACGCCCGACCCCAUCUCCUGCAGCAGGAUUGGACCCCCAUCACGAAGCAGCACGUGAACAUCGCUCUUGGAGGUACGAUCAAAUGCAAGCGGAUUCAAUUUCCGAUUGCGAGUGCCUGUUCCAUGACAAUCCACAAGUCACAAGGUGGAACUUUCCCCAAGGUCGUUUACCAGUACAGUCGCUCGCAGGAGCAAAGGCUGGUGUACGUUGCUUUGUCACGGGUUACUUCGCUGGAAGGACUCUACUUGACCUACGCGGACAAUCCCUCUCUAGAUCCGUCUAAGGAAAAGCCUGUGUUCCACCACGCCAAGGCAAACAACUCUCCAGCGAUGCGUGAGUUGCGGGACGAAUACAAGCGCUUGAGGAAUAACCGUUAUCGAACGAUCGGAGACGAUUUUUCUGAGGUGUUGGCGAGUAGUGGACCAGCAUGCACCCUGAUGACAAUCAACGUCCAAAGCUUGAGCGCUCAUCACCAGGAUAUAUCGAUCGAUUCCAUACUGACCAGUGUAGACUACUUGGCCCUAAGCGAGACGUGGUUGGAUGAUAACUCCUCGGUCGAGAUUGAAGGCUACACUUGUGUUGUCCAGUCCAAAAGGGAUGACGCAAGAUCUGGCGGUGUGGCAAUUUAUCGAAAGACGACGACCAAAACCAGCAUGGCAGUCCCGUAUACUCCCGAAUUGGUGAGUCAAGAUCGAGACGAACUUUUCGGUGUGGCAGAUAAAUACGGUGACGUUUGCGCUGCUACAGUGGAUGUGAUGGGCACUGAGGUACUGCUGUUCUCGGUGUACAUCAUCCCAGGAACCACACUGAAGCAGAAAGGUUGGUUUUUGGCACGGAAGUUGCUCCAGACUGCCCGCACUGGUUUGCCAAUGGUAGUAACCGGUGAUUUUAAUGUCGACGUUUCCAAACGAGAAAAUGUCGAAUUCAUUAAGUUUAUGGGCGAGCACUUCCAACUAUCCUUAGCUAACGACGUGAGACAGACGACCACAAAUCGUGGAACGGUCCUUGAUCUCACAUUUACCAGAGGCAUACAUGUGGCGAGCAAUUCGCGGUAUGUAUGCUAUUUUUCCUACCACAGACCCAUGCUGUCUGUACUACGAACUGAAGAACCCGAGCCAUCUCAGUUGCAUUGAUCCAUAAACGUUCAAAGCCGGACACGACGAUAUUAUCAUCGGAUUUUACAAGAAGAAAUUGAAAUGUAAAUUACCAGUUACACCUACACGAACACCAACUCACAAAUGAACUGUAAACUCAUUAAUUUAAGUAUACCAGAAAACUUUUGUAAACACUAACUAAACACACUGACCCCUCCCCCACCCCCCAAACAUUAACAUCACUACAUCAGGAACCAAAUGAAAUGUAAAUAUUACUUUAAGAAACAGAACAAUAUUGUACUACACACUAAAACCUACCCAACAACCGCCCCUCCCCUCUUCCACCCACUCCUUCUCCUUCCCGCUUUAUUCAUAUAUUGAACGUAUUUAAUGAUUCAUUCAACCGUCAUCAAUUGUUUAUUAACAGGAAACCAUCCCCCGCCCUCUUGGAACACCGCUGAUGGACCCAGCCAGGAUCAAGCCUAAUCUCAUUUCUUCAUUCCAGGGCAAAAAUUAAACGGUCCUUUUCAGGACCACCAAAACAUUCACGAAAGAGUUGUUCUGCAAUCAUCCAAUUAAGCAAAAUAAAAUAAUCUGGUUUUGAAUUUCAAUAUCUAUCCGAAAACAUACUGUACUACACACUAAAACCUACCAAACAACCGCCUCCUUACCUUUUUCCCCUCCCCUUUCCAACCAAUCCUUCUCCUUCCCGCUUUAUUCAUAUAUUGAACGUAUUUAAUGAUUCAUUCAACCGUCAUCAAUUGUUUAUUAACAGGAAACCAUCCCCCGCCCUCUUGGAACACCGCUGAUAGACCCAGCCAGGAUCAAGCCUAAUCUCAUUUCUUCAUUCCAGGACAAAAAUUGAACGGUUCUUUUCAGGACCACCAAUACAAUCGCGAAAGAGUUGUUCUGCAAUCAUUCAAUCAAGCAAAAUAAAAUAAUCUGGUUUUACAUUUAACUAUCUAUCCGAAAAC